ACGCUAGGCGACGAAACGUGGAAAAGUGCGGCGAGAGGGUGCGAGGGGUUCAAAAAGGGCGACGGACGCCGAGAGGCGGUAAAGAGGCAACACCGAGCCGGCGCAGCCACAUGCUACCGCGAAAUAUACAGCGUCUCCACCCAGUUGCUAAUCCAUAAACUCCCUUGUUUGUCCACAUCAAACGUUGCGAUUUUCGCCCACGCCGGGCUACCCACGACUACGGUCAUUCAGUUAGGAUUAGACGACUCGGCAGUACCAUCGCCUCUAAAUCUUCCGACUAGAGAUGUUCAACAAGAACAAAAUAGUCCACGCCCUCAAGGAACAAAAAGGGGCAAUCGUCUGAAGAGAGAUUGUACUCUGAAUUUCAUCAAGGAGUCUCCUUGGUCCGUAUAUGAGAAACAUGUCGAUGUAUCUUACAAAACGCCCCGACAUUCAUGCAUUGUGGCACAGAAGCGAAGCAAAGGUAAUGCCAGAGUUCAUAUCAAGAAGAUUAUAGACCAUUCCAAAGAAGCCACUGCCAAUUGUCUGCUGCUGCUUCAGUCCGCUCCAAUUCUUUUCGUCCCCAUUCUCGAAGUUUACGAGCAACCAUCGUCCAUGUACCUUGUUUACGAGCUGGUCGAGCACACUCUCCAGGAUUUAGUUCGAAGCCAGCACUCCCUCGAGGUCAAAGAGCUAGGGGCCAUAGUGAAACAGAUUCUUGAAGGACUCAUCUACCUCGAAGUAAACGGGAUAGGGCUCCUGGACCUCGAGUGUGCGGACAUUAGGUUCAGGCCAAACGGCUGCCUCCAGAUAGGAAGCUUCAACCUCCGCGCCUGGACAGAAGACCAGGUCAGGCUGCGGACUUCCUGGCUGAAGUCAAUUACUUCUAGCCUGGUCCAGAAAACCACCGACGGUGUCACGGAACCAAAGCUGUGGCAUCCAUGCACCAUGGACUUUUUUGCUCUGAUCGAAAGUGGCGUCUCGUUGGAUCAGCUCUGUCGAAUUCUCCGGACAAGAGUGUUCUUUCAAGGCUAUGGAGUAUGAUCAGAUACACCGUACUACCUCAGCCGCUGGCCAAUAUGGUAGCGCUAUGUCCUACAGGUUGA